CCGCAUCCCUCUCCUGCCGCUCGGGCUGAGGGCCGGGCUAUGCGGCUGCGGGAAGCUGGGGGCUGCAGGAGCGCGUCCCUGCGGCGACGACGGCGUCCCCGGGGUCCCGCGCCCCGUGCACCCCCGCGCCCGCUGCGGGCGCCUGCUCGCUUAUCCAAGAGGCGUCUUUGUGUGCGGGGGUGUGGAAAUCGAGGCGCGAGUCCGCGCGGUACCGAGUGCCUGCUCCCUCUCCCGGCGGGUGGGGGCCUCUCCGCGCCGCCCGCCGUCGCCGCCGCUGCCUCGCGAGGACGCCCGCGGCCCGCGCCGCUCGCCUCGCGCCGGGCGCGCCGCCCCCGCCCGCCGGCGCCGCUCGCACAUGCCCGAGCUGCAGCCUUGCGAGCAGGCAGCGCCGGCCCCCCGCCCCACGGCCCCGGGCCCCGGCUCCGGCGCCGUCCCCCUUCCCGAGCCGGGCGCCGCGGCCCCGGCAUGAGGAGCAGACGAUGAUCCCCGCCAACGCCUCCGCCAGGAAGGGGCCCGAGGGCAAGUACCCGCUGCACUACCUGGUGUGGCACAACCGCCACCGUGAGCUGGAAAAAGAGGUCCGCGCGGGCCAGGUGGACAUCGAGCAACUGGAUCCCCGUGGGCGGACUCCGCUGCACCUGGCCACCACACUGGGGCACCUCGAGUGUGCCCGUGUGCUCCUGGCACAUGGUGCAGAUGUGGGCAGGGAGAAUCGCAGCGGCUGGACAGUGCUUCAGGAGGCUGUGAGUACCCGGGACCUGGAGCUGGUACAGCUGGUGCUAAGGUACCGGGACUACCAGCGGGUGGUGAAGCGGCUGGCAGGCAUCCCUGUGCUCCUGGAGAAGCUGCGCAAGGCCCAGGACUUCUACGUGGAGAUGAAAUGGGAAUUCACUAGCUGGGUACCCCUGGUGUCCAAGAUCUGCCCUAGUGACACCUACAAAGUGUGGAAGAGUGGGCAGAACUUGCGGGUAGACACCACACUCCUGGGCUUUGACCAUAUGACAUGGCAGCGAGGGAACCGCAGCUUCGUCUUCAGGGGCCAAGAUACAAGUGCCGUGGUCAUGGAGAUUGAUCAUGACCGCCGCGUAGUAUACACGGAGACUCUGGCGCUGGCCGGGCAGGACCGUGAGCUGCUGCUGGCUGCGGCCCAGCCCACUGAGGAGCAGGUACUGAGCCGGCUCACUGCACCAGUUGUCACCACGCAGCUUGAUACUAAGAACAUCUCCUUUGAGAGGAACAAGACAGGCAUCCUGGGCUGGCGUAGUGAGAAGACUGAAAUGGUGAAUGGGUACGAAGCCAAGGUAUAUGGGGCAUCCAAUGUGGAACUCAUCACCCGGACACGCACAGAGCAUCUUUCAGAACAGCACAAGGGCAAGGUCAAAGGUUGCAAGACACCUCUGCAGUCCUUCCUGGGAAUUGCUGAGCAGCACGGGGGCCCCCAAAAUGGGACCCUGAUCACUCAGACUCUGAGCCAAGCCAACCCCACUGCCAUCACCGCAGAAGAGUACUUCAACCCCAACUUUGAGCUUGGCAACCGUGACAUGGGCCGUCCCAUGGAACUGACCACCAAGACCCAGAAGUUCAAGGCCAAGCUGUGGCUGUGUGAGGAGCAUCCCCUGUCCCUGUGUGAGCAGGUGGCCCCCAUCAUUGACCUCAUGGCUGUCAGCAAUGCACUUUUUGCCAAGCUCCGGGAUUUCAUUAGCCUGCGCCUGCCUCCUGGCUUCCCUGUGAAGAUUGAAAUCCCCAUCUUUCAUAUCCUCAAUGCCCGCAUUACCUUUGGGAACCUCAAUGGCUGCGAUGAGCCUGUACCUUCGGUUCGAGGCAGCCCCAGCAGCGAGACCCCUUCCCCAGGCAGCGACUCCUCCAGUGUCAGCAGCUCCAGUUCCACAACCUCCUGCCGUGGAUGCGAGAUCUCUCCCACCUUGUUCGAGGCCCCACGAGGCUACAGCAUGCUGGGCGGCCAGCGAGAGGCUGCGACCCAUGACGAUGACGACGACCUUCUACAGUUUGCCAUCCAGCAGAGCCUGCUCGAGGCAGGCAGUGAGUAUGACCAGGUCACCAUCUGGGAGGCGCUAACCAACAGCAAGCCAGGCACUCACCCUAUGACCUGUGAGGGUCGCCGACCAGACAGGAGCGCCCCACCUACGCCACAGCGUCAGCCCGCCAUCCCCACGGUGGUUCCCAGCCCUCGGCCCAGCCCGGGCCCUGGUAGCCGCGUGUUCCGGAGCUACAGUGAGCAGCUGCGGCUGGCCAUGGAGUUGUCGGCGCAGGAGCAGGAGGAGCGGCGGCGGCGUGCGCGCCAGGAGGAGGAGGAACUGGAGCGAAUACUGCGGCUCUCACUGACCGAGCAGUAGUGCCACUGUCCGGCCUUUGGCCACUCCACGCGAACUCCACCCCGGAGCGAGAUGCCCUGGCCUGUGCACACGCGGUGCUGUGGCUGGAGACCAGAGGCACUGCCUCAGGGGCAUUGGGACGCACCAGGCACCAGACCAGGAGGGGUUAGGCAUGGACAUGGGGUACUUUUCCGGGCCAGGCUCUGGAGGCAGCUGGCAUGCCCGGUCCCCCAGCUUUGCUGUAUCCUGACUCCCAGCCCUCUUCCCUGGGCCCAAGCCUGUCCAAGAGCAGAGCCAGGCAGUCCUGAGCGGGAGACCAAUCUUGAGAGGAGCAGUGUCCCCAUCCUUGCUCCUGGCUGACCCCACUUUCUGCUCACUGACCCCACUCCAGGACACUGCCCGUGAAGCCUUUGCAUUUCUGCUCUUCACCCCUGGGGGCAGCUGAGCUCCCCACGUGCUGUGUUGCUGCUUUGUUCCAAACGCAAACCAGCACGCCCAGGGCCCAGCCCCUCCCCAACCCCGGCAUUUCAGCGUCAAGUGCACUUAGCGGGGUGCCCGGCUCCCCCAGCCCCCACACCCCUCCCAAGUCUCAGGGUGGUCCCAGCUUCAAUUUGGGCAGCCAGAGGUUGGAGACUCCUUCCCCAAGACAUUUAUUAGUGAUCAGGGAGGGUGCCCAAGGUAGACCCCCAGACCUGGGCAAGGCCUGGCUCCUCCAUGCUGUCGUGGCAAAUGAGGGGCAUAUCGGGCUGGGGGCAAGCACUAGAUCCUACACUAGACUGGACACGGGAGUUGCCCAGGGCCCUGGCACCACCACCCAUCCCUUCCCCACCAGCUGCUGCUAGCCCUCUGUGGUUGUGUGUCCCACUUGCCUCCACCCAGGGGCUGAUUCUAAAACCCUUCAUCCAAUGGUGCUAACCCCCGGCUCUCCCCUGCCCCACCUACCCACCACCCAGAGAAGCACAGACCCUGCUAGGGGCAGGGGCCCAUGGCACACCCUUGUCCAUGUUCUCUCUGACCGGCCUUCCUGGCUCAGCCAGUGAGGUGCAGAAGGAACACAAAAGGGAUGGGAGAAAAGAAAAAAGAGAAACUGUUCCUCUUAACCCUCUUCUCUGAUGCCAGGGGCACCAGACUGAUUCUGAGGCACAAAUUAAAGAGGCUUCAAACCUGAGGCUUUUCCUAUCUGCCUUUACUAGGGAAGAAGGCCCACCUUCGGCCUGGGGGCUCCUUCUGAACUUCAGUGUAGGGAGGGCUCUGAGGUAAGAGGAUGCCUGGUGGGUCCUAAGCCCAGCCAGGGUUGCAUCUGUCAGGGUCCGGGGGAGCCUGGGUGUAGCCUUGUAGAGGCUGGGAGUCUCGCUCUCCUCACCCCUCCACCCAUGCAGGAGGCACAGACUGAGCACUUAGUAAAAUAUUUCAUUCAGUAUGUCUUGUUUUCCUCCUAGAGUCAAGGCCACAGCAGAGGGCUGGGGGCAGUGUGUGUGUGUGUGUGUGUG